AUGGAGCGCAGCGGCGCGGCGAGGGCGGAGCGCCUGAGCGCGGAGCAGGAGGGCGCGCUGCUGGCGCUCGGCAACAGGCUAUGUUGUCCGAUCUGCGGGAGGCUGUUCAAAGAUCCAUCUGAGCUGAAAUGCAAGCACAAGUUCUGCAGCGAGUGCAUCGCGAAGUCCCUGAAGCAAAAGGCAUCGUGCCCUGUCUGCCAAGUCCCCUCUGGCAUCGACGACAUGGAAGUCGACCCGGGCAUGGACGGCAUCGUAUCCCUCUACAUCUCUCUCGAGCGCGCCUUUGGGGCAUGGCUGCUGUCUCCCGAGCGGCCACGCACACCAGCCAGCCAUGAUCACAGGACUGCCAAUGAGCAAGCUGACAUUGGAGGCACCAAACCUUCCCCUGAGAAGUCAACUGCAGCUCAACACAGUCCUCUGCAAUUGGCCCAGCAGCAUGCGCUGCCUCAAGAUUCUAAGAACGCAUCUCCCUGUGGUGAUGAUAUGGAUGGUGGCAAGACAGCAAUUGCAAGGCCAGCAAACAAACCCUGGACUUUAAGCAGCCAGGGGAACGACUCCUGCAUCCUGCCUUCAGUCGCCAACAGCGACACCCAUCUGGAACCAUUCUGCUGGCUGGCUGGAGGGUCGAACGAAGAGUACCCAAGCCAGGAAACGGGUGCGGCAUCCCAUCGUCAGCAGGAAACUAAAGCUGACAAACGGCUUGCAAAAGGAAUUCAGAAAGGGAGGAGGUCCAAGAGACUGAGUGGACAAGCACCAGCUGAUGAGGACUGCGAAAACAGCCUUCCAAGCGAGCUGGAAGGAAAAUCUUUUGUAAGAGGGACGAAACGAUCCAACCGCCGCAGCGGCAAGGACACAAGGGGAUUGGGCGAUGCCAAGACUGGCAAUCAGAUGACUAUGAUGGCAUUUGUAGGAAAAUCAGGUUGGCAAAAGAGCCAAGGUGCAGCGAUCCCGGAGCAGCUCAAGACAAUCGAAGAAAACUUGGGAAGCAGAACACGAUCUGUGAGCGCCAGGGUCCAGCUGGCAGAUGCAGCCGGCUGGACAUGCCCAGUGUGCACGAUGGACAACAGGCGGACGUCUGUGCGGUGCACAGCCUGUGAGGAGCCACGCCCAGUGGCAGAAGGAGGCGAAGCGCCCUUGUCUGCACCACCAAAGGUGGCAGAUGACCUGAAGACGCCCAGUCAUCGACGUGCAAUAAGGCGAAGCGCCAGGACACCCGGCUCCCAUCCACGCCCGGCAUCCUUACCAACCGGCGGCGCGGUCAGCCAAGCAACGCCCCAGGGUCCAUGUUGCUCCUUCUGCCACAUGGGGAGCGACGACAGCACGAGGGAGUUGAACCUGGGGGACCUGUUGGACAUACAGGGGUCGGACGGCCGGAGCAGGGCUAAGGUGCACCGCCAGUGCGCCCUGUGGGCUCCGCUGGUCUACGAGGAACCGUCUGCACCCAACGGCCUAGCAGAUGUGUCACCAGAGCUGUAUCGUGCACGGCAUCUUAAAUGCGCCAUUUGCCAUAAAACUGGCGCUGCCCUUGGCUGCCUGGUUGCCAGGUGA